CAUAAAGACUGGCGUCGCUGGCACCGCCCUCCCACACUCUGGCUAGUUCGUAGGCUGCCUGGUUUUCUUUUUCUGUCGCCGCAGCUCUGCCUCUCUUCUCUUCUCGCGCUGCCCCUCUGCAGUGUGACAAGGCCGAGUCCUCUCCAGCCCGCGCCUCCCACUUUCGUACCUGCGCCGCCCCAUUUCUCUCCGGCCGCCGCCGCCACUGCCGCUCAGCUGGUGUCGGUGCCGCGCUUUCCCCACGCCGUCCCCGCAGCCUAUGGCCCAGGCCGCCUUGGGUAUUUCUGCUCAAGGUAACCACAUCCCUCUUUAAAAAUUCCGCCGAAAAAGAGAAGACGCUUUACCCGACUCUUUGGGCCGUUAUCUCACGGCGAUCUUUCUGACCGAGUGUACAACUACCCAGAGGGCCUAGGAGAAGUGCUGUAUAGGGAGCAGUUCGACUUCAACGCCGAGCCCCCCUGGGAGCCUAGCUGAUGAUAGGGGGUUCCAUCUCCUAACUCGUCCAUUUUGUUGCAUAUUCUAAGGACCCAGACAGACAGACCUAGGCUUGGUGGCCCAUCACUUGUUUUUCCUGGUUUAUGACUUUCGGCUUUGUGGAAUACGGCUGAGAUGAAAGGAUUCAUUGACGAUGCAAACUACUCCGUUGGCCUGUUGGAUGAAGGAACAAACCUUGGAAAUGUUAUUGAUAACUAUGUUAAUGAACAUACCCUGACAGGGAAGAGUGCGUUUUUUGUGGGGGAUCUCGGGAAGAUUGUGAAGAGACACAGCCAGUGGCAGAGUGUGGUGGCUCAGAUCAAGCCAUUCUACACGGUGAGGUGCAACUCCACCCCGGCCGUGCUGGAGGUCCUGGCAGCUCUGGGCACAGGCUUUGCCUGCUCCAGCAAGAAUGAGAUGUCUUUAGUGCAAGAAUUGGGUGUAUCUCCAGAAAAUAUUAUUUACAUAAGUCCUUGCAAGCAAGUUUCCCAAAUAAAAUAUGCAGCAAAAAUUGGAGUGAAUAUCAUGACAUGUGACAAUGAAAUUGAAUUGAAGAAAAUUGCUCGUAAUCACUCAAAUGCCAAGGUCUUACUACAUCUUGCAACAGAAGAUGAUAGUGGAGGUGAGGAGGGUAGCAUGAAGUUUGGCUCCACGCUGAAGAACUGUAGGCAUCUCUUGGAAUGUGCUAAGGAACUUGAUGUCCAAAUAAUUGGAGUUAAAUUCCACGUUUCAAGUGCUUGCAAAGAACCUCAAGUAUAUGUGCAUGCGCUCUCCGAUGCUCGGUGUGUGUUUGAUAUGGCUGGAGAAUUUGGUUUUACGAUGAGCAUGUUAGACAUCGGUGGAGGCUUCACAGGAGCUACCUUUCAGCUGGAGGAAGUCAAUCGUGUUAUCAGCCCUCUGUUGGAUGUCUACUUUCCUGAAGGCUCUGGCACCAAGAUCAUUUCAGAACCUGGAAGCUACUAUGUGUCUUCUGCAUUUACCCUUGUAGUUAAUAUCAUUGCAAAGAAAGUUGUUGAAAAUGAGAAAUUCUCCUCCGGAGUAGAAAAAACCAGGAGUGAUGAACCAGCCUUUGUGUAUUAUAUGAAUGAUGGUGUUUAUGGUUCUUUUGCAAGUAAACUGUCUGAGGACUUGACUUCCAUCCCAGAGGUUCACAAGAAAUUGAAGAAGGAUGAGCCUCUGUUUCCAAGCAGCCUGUGGGGUCCAUCCUGUGACGAGCUUGAUCGGAUUGUGGAACGCUGUCUUCUUCCAGAACUGAACGUGGGUGACUGGCUGAUCUUCACUAACAUGGGAGCAGACUCUUUGCAGGAGGCAUCUGUGUUUAAGGAUGUGCCGAGGCCAGCUGUGUACUACAUGAUGUCGUUCAGCGACUGGUAUGAGAUGCAGGAUUCAGGCGUCACCUUGGACACCAUGAUGAAGAACUACUUCUUCGUGCCUUCUUGCCUUCAGCUGAGCCAGGAAGAUGGCUUUCCCACCGAGGCUUAGACAGGCCCCAUGCCCUGCGGUCUGAGGUUGUGGGUUGUGCUUGUCUGGUCUACAUUCCAGGGUGGAAAACAACCCAGUCUCACUCUGGUCAUUCUCGCAGAGACAAAAGUUAAUAGGCUAUGUGGGACCAGACAAAAUCAACUUUCAUCUAGAAUUCAUUGGGGUAACGGGAGAUUUAGAUAACGUGUCCAGAUUAAACCUAACAGUUUGUCCUACCCUUUAAGCUUUGAAAAUAAAAUAUGCAACAAAAUGGAUGACUUAGUGGAGAUGGAAGCCCACGACCUGGGUUCCCCCAUUCAACCGUUUACAUACAAGUACACAGUUUUUAUACUGAGGAUUCGUGUCCAAAAGUCUUGUAAAGUUAGAUCUUCCACCCAGGUAGAGCACAUGUCGGUGGGAGACCAGUGUGGCUUCAUUAGAUACGUUUAGUGUAUUUAGAGUGUGUAAAUUUGUGCUUUGAACUGUAGUUUAAUGUAAAAUUGCAUCAUAGUAUUUGUUGUAUUUGACCUAAUGUAACCCUUGUAUGAUUGCAAUAAAAUUUUGUGUAGAUUUUA